GGUGUCAGUGACGAUUUCAUAGUUUAUUCUUUAAUUAGGCCAUUGCUAUUUAAAUUGCCGUAGGUGUGUACGCAAAGGUGUAGCAAUUAACAGUUAACGACUUCUUGUGUUUUUUUUUCCUAAAACGUCAGGUAUCUGGUGUGUGGAUGUCUUAAAAUGAACGCUGAAUGAGUAGAUGCUAUUUAAGAUGCGAUUUGGGUGUGUUGUGUUGUGUUGGACUAACUGAAGGAAAUAACGUUUUUUGUUCCUUUCUAUAUAAGCGCUUACAUUUAACUAUGUGCAGCUGCGACAGGCUGAACUUCAAUGGUGGACUUCUGUUUUCAAAUUACUUCGGGAUUGUUUAUAUUGUGCUUUAAAUCAGAAACAGUUCUUGCAACGUUCUGAAGAGGAAUUGAUGUAUUAAGGCUGUAAAUGGAUUUUGAAAGUCAUGCCUAAAAGAAAAAUAUGUUAUUCAGAAAACUCUAACAAACAGCCGAGGCAUCCGGUGAUGGAAAAUGCAAGGCUACUACGGGGAAGAAGGAUAUCCCUGGUGGAGAUGCAUGAAUUGAUUAAGCAGGAAACGAAUGCGGUUUCAAAGCUGUCUGAGAGUAAGAUGGAGGAGCUGAUGGAACGAAUUCAAAAGGUCAACUGCAGGCCCACUCAUGAGAUUCUGAUCAACAAGAUGCAAGCUAAAAUUAACAGAAUAAAGAAGAGGUUGCAAGAUGCUCUGUCUGCUGUGAUCAGAACGCGAUCAGUUAAUCCUACAGUUUCACCAGCCUUUGUUCCAGACAAGCAGGUCAGCAGCAACCUGUCUGCACCCAGCACCCUGGAUCGCUGUGUCCCCUGCACUGGUCCUGCACAAGCCUUGGUGUCCCAAGCCAGUGGGACACGUCCCACCAGUAGCCCUGACUGCAUCACAAUUUCAGGGACUCCUAAAGCUCAAAAGCAUGGCCGUACAUCCUGUGAGACCGUAUCAGCAGAGUGUGUAGUAGCAGUAGACUCGGAUUCAGAAAAGGAGAAUGAGGUUAUGUUUUGUGGAGUUAUACCAAGUAAAAGGCUGACCGGGAGUGUUGCGCAGAAGCAGACAUGGAGAAGCAGUGACUUGGGGUUCACAGACUUCACAGCUGAAACUGUAGCAGCUGACUCAAUGCAAGCAAGUGACGCAGAAUCUACAGGGAUGUUCCAGAUCGAAAUCCAAGACUAUGCUGGGAGACCAGAUCCUUUACCUUCAGACCAAGCCCCUGAAGCUGAUCCUUCUAACCCUAUUCAGUCACGUACCAUGUUCCCAGAAAGACUGAAGGCAUGUAGUGUGAACUCCACUGUGACACAGGAAUUAACAGCUCAGAUUUCAGAGUACUUGGGAUCUGCUGUGACAUCGUAUCCAAAAUCAGCAGGUUUACCAGAUCAGCCUAUCGAGGCUGCCAAUGGCUCUACUCACCAGGCAGGAUGUGGGCAGCCCUCAGCCCCAGGGAACAUCGAAGUAAAUGCUUCAAAGUUCACUGUAACUAAUUUACUUCCAUUUCAGGAUCCUUUGCAAUCUCAAUUCCCUCCCCUUCCUGAGACUGCAUUUCCUCUGAAUCUGCCUUCCAUAGCUGCUAGGACAAAUUUGCCUCAAAAGCUAGAGCUGAAAGUGGCUAGAAUCAGAAACCCCAAAGGAAUAGGUGUGCUGUGGAAUGUAGCACACGUAGACCCCAAAGCUGCUCCUGUUCACAGCUAUUAUUUAUAUGUUCUUCAUGAAGACCUGAAUGGCUGUAUGUCAAGUUGGAAGAACAUCGGGAUAAUAUCGGCCUUGCCACUACCGAUGGCUUGUAAGCUGAAUCGGUGUGCCCCGCAAAGGAGGUAUUACUUUGCAAUCGUUGGAAAGGAUAUUUAUGGGCGCUGUGGACCAUACAGUGAAGUAUGCUCAGUCACUGUUCACGAUAUGUGAAUGAGUGUGUGAAACUACACACCGCACAGUCAUAUCAAACACGCAUGUUAAAAUUGUUUGAAUUCUCUAAAGCAAAAGAUUGCUAUUCCCGUAUGUUAAACUUGAAGUAGUGAAGACCUUUAUUUUUAUUUGAUCUUGUCUGACUUUAUUAGCUUCACUUUUCAAAGCCCUUUCAGUUUAACAUGGGAUCUUUUUUUGUUUUUGUUGCUUGAGGCUUUGUAUCUUUUGAAUUUUAUCUGUUAUUAAUCAUUUUUGGAAAGGUUUAUUUAAAUGAUCACAGAGCCAAUGUAGAUUUAUAAUGAAAAUCCCUGGCUGCAGGUUUCUAGGCAGGUGGGACUACCAUUUGAAGUGUUACUGUAUAUCUUCAGUUUGUGUGGGGGAAUUGCAUCUCAGUAUAGCAUUUUCCUUAUACAGUACAUUACCUGAGUUACUUACAAUUUCUAUUAUUCUUGCUUAGAAAAGCUGAAAAUGAGAAUACUGCAUCGGGGUCUAUUGUACUGGCAUUUGUUCAAUCUUAAAAUCAUUCAAUAAUGUAUUUACUAGAGGUAGUUCCAUACUUUCCUUAAGCUGUGGAGGCAAAGUUUUACAUUUUGAUCUGCAAGUUUGCAAAGGAAUCCAGAUCUAUUCAUCUUCCCAGUAAAAUAAGCACAGGAAUUAAAUGGACUGCUCUCCACUAUAAAUGAAAUUACAGAGUACACCCUGGAGUGUGGGGAUAGGUAUUAUUAACACAACUAUCGAUGGUGGUUAUUUCCCCAUUUGUGCUCAUUAUUCAAGUGUUUGGAAGAUUUUUAAAAGCCCAUGAAAAGGAAGAGAUGGGGGGGAAAAAUACACACAGAUUUUCACAAUGGCUUUUGAGGAAGGUUAGAAU